AUGGCGUGUCUUAAGUCUUCACCUCUAUGGGAUCAUGUUGUUACUUUAAAGUUAGAAUCCAACAUGAGAGUGCGCCUCAAUGAGGACCCAUCGUCAGAAGAUUUUGCAAGGGACAUUCUCCUUCUUGGCAAUGGUGAAGUUCCAGAAGACGGAAAUGAAGAUGUUGACAUAAGUAACAUUUGUACAAUAGCCAGUACUAUCCAGAGUCUUCAAGCACAGGUUUUUCCAGGCCUAGAAGUCAAGAAUGGAGAUCUAGAUUGGCUUUGCCAAAGAGCCAUUUUGGCUCCUAAAAACAUUGCGGUCAGUGCAAUCAACAACAGCCUCUUACUGCAUUUGCCUGGGGAUGUGACAGUCUAUAAAUCAGUAGACACCAUUCCCAAUCAGGAUGAGGUAGUUGAUUAUCCCACUAAAGUUUUGAAUUCCUUGGAGCCUUCAGGUGUACCUCCACAUAUUCUUACUCUUAAAGUAGGUAGCCCUGUUAUGCUGAUAAGGAAUUUAAAUCCACCGACAUUGUACAACGGUACACGCCUUGUUAUCACAAAAUUACUUCCCUAUGUCACUGAAGCAACAACUAUGACCGUUUGUGGUAAAGGUCAAGACAUCUUCAUACCACAAAUUCCCCUUGUGCCUUCGGCUGCUGACUUACCCUUCACAUUCUGCAGAGUGUAG